AUGGUUGGAUUUCUUCCAUCUUAUCGAUCUAUUCCUCCGCCUAGACGUACGGGAUCGAAGAAGAGCGUAUUGUUCUACACGACCGAUUGCGGGGACGAGGAAGAUCUCGGAGUGAAGCUUCAGCAACGAUCCGUCUCUCUGACUGCUCUGCACACGGGAAAUGGGACGCAACAGCAAUUUCUAGAGCCAAGAAUGGCGCAAUUGGAGACGUUGGAGGCGAAGAUGGCCAGUAUAGAAGUAUCGUUAUCGACCACGCCGAGAAGGAAGAAAGGUGGAAGUAUUUCCGGCGGGUUAACGUCCCCGCCCGGUCCCCACCGGAACACCAGGGACCAUUACAAGGAAUUGGAUGCCCUUAGAAUAGCGUUGCGGGACAAGGAGAAUAUCAUUCAAACGUUGAAAGGGCAACUGUGCAACACGCUGACCAACAGAUUGGCGUUGCGAAACGGUGGCCCGCCUCUGACCGAAGCGGACAGAAAAGCGACCGAGGAACGGCUUCAAAGGUUGCGCCGGGACGCGGACAACAAACGAUUGGCGAUCAAAAAUUUGAAAUUGGCCCUCGAACGAUUGGACAUCACCGACAAUAUCGACGUACGGAUUCAACAAGCCGAGUUGGAGUACAGACUUGGACGGGAGGAACUCGAACUUUUGACGCUUCGAGAGGAGAGCAGAGCUCUCCAAGCCGCUUUGGAAUUGGCGGAGACCCAGGAAAAGCAGAAAAACGACACGAUAUUCAGUUGCAUCUCUGGCUCCGCUCAAGUGACGAUCCACGCGGUGGAAGUGAGCGCUGAUCCGAAAAGUCCCCGUUUCGGAGCCGGGCCGAGGGAGGACACGCCUGGCUUGUACGUCGAUUGGGCGGUCGAGGAUUCCGGAUUGUGCAAGGGGGAUAGAAUCUUGGAAGUGAACGGAAAACUUGUGGUGGGAGCGGGGAGAAGCGAUUUGGCAAGGCUGUUGGCGGUUGCACCCGACGCGGCGCAAAUCGUCGUCCUUCGAAAAGGCGAAUCCCUCACGGCGCUUCGCACACUUCGAUCCGAUAAUCUUAGACUGACCCAUAGGAUCGGUUAUCUGGAGGAGCAGGUCAGGGAUCUUCUCGCGCCGAGCAGAUCCGAGGUCCCCGCCGAUCCUCCGCCGACCCGUCAAGAACAAGUUCAGGUUUUUCAAAAAGGGCCACAGGUAACUGCGCUAGUCGCAAAUCUACCUGGUCUCAAUAUAAGAAAUUCGAUGGAAUUGCGGCAGAGUUUACCAACGGUAAGAAAUAGGCAUAGCGAUCAUUCGAAACGCUCGAUAGACGUGAAAAUUUCGAACGAACUUGUUGAUUCCUCGUUGGUUAGCGUUUCCAACGGUCAUCACAAAUCGCGAACUAAACAAAAACAUCAAGGAUCUUCGGUAACUGGAUCAACGGCGAGUUUAGAUUGCAAGGAGGCGCAAAUUUCGUCGCAACUGCAACGCAGGAGACCACCGCGCGUCGAAUCAGCUAUGGAACAUUUGUCCAACAAUCGGAAAAAUUCGUCUCGAGUGCAACCGUUGGACUUUGAUUCCGAACCGACCUAUUAUCGAUUGCAGGAUUCUCAAUCGCGAACGUCGGAGAAUUCUGACGUAUCGACGCCGUAUAAUUCUCAAGAAUCGAAAUCUCGUCCGGCACCACCGAAAAAACCGCUUCGAUUAUCGUUACAUCGUGCAGCUAGUCUUCAAUCUGUAGAAAGUGCGCCACCAGCUACGCUUCAUGACGUGGUGAAAAAAUCGAUGAAGAGAAAUCACAAAAGUGACCCAUCACCGUUGGAAAAAAGUAUUCGAGCGGAAUCGAACGGAGAUGCGAAUAAUCAAACGGGAGAAUCGUUCUCUAACGCGUCUCAACCCCCACCGAGGACACCUUCCAGAGCGGAAUCUUGUCAGAGCGCGUUACGAUGGCCUUCCCCCAAGCCGAGGCCUCAUUUAACAUCUGUCACCAUGGAAAAGUGGUGUUAGACGAGAAGAUAAAAAACGAUCGA